AGUGCCAUGCCCGCGGAGAAGGAACGCCUCGGAGAAGGAACAGAUUUGGGGCGCUGCAGCGUCUCUGGCAUGCCCUGCCCCGGUCGGGAUAACGAAAGUUCCUGGCUCCGUCGCCCCUUGCUGCAGCUCUUCUCUCAAAAACUCAAGCUUCUUUAGAAAUCCUAGCACGUCGGUUUUUGCAAGGAAAAGGUGAUCCAUGAGAUGAAGAACACAAGGAAGGAAUGGGAGAUGGAGAUCUUGGGAGCGGAAAAACAUGCUUUAUGGCAAGAAUCCAGGAUCAAGGCAUUUGACCUGAGAUUCCCAUUCUGGCUAUUGCGGCCUGCUAUUCCAUCUGUUGGCCAGCUCCCACACUAGUGCGAUGUGGGAUGAGAAAAAGAGAGAGAGAGCGGAAGAACAGUCAGCAGAUUAACAUUAAUCCUGCAGCUUUGCUCACUUCCAGCCAGACAAGAACAGUCGCCGGACCAACAACAGACUCCUUGGUCACCAUUUCACUCCUAGUCUGAGAAGGAAGUCCAGGAUUGUCAUCCACAUUCUGAAUUUCUGAAGGAUGCAGCCUACAAGCAACAAAUCAGCUUGGUAGCUUCAUGAAAGUUGUGAAAGGCCAGAGCAUAGCAAGAUAAAGGAAAGGGGUGGAAGUUAGAUUCGAACUCCCUUUUGGAAACCCAGAAGUUCCACAACAGGUUGGUCUUGGUUCUUCGAAUAGCCCAGAAGAAAAGAGGCAGAAGGGAGAAAGGAUGGAGGGGAUCCCGGAGUCUGACUGAUCACUGAGACUGUACCCCUCAUCACUGCUACUACCAGAGUGGAGCCCAUCUACUUGGAGGGACACAACACAAUUUUUGAAAGAGGACUUCAGAGAGGCUGAGAGAUGAGUCUUGGGAAGCUGCCAGUAAUGAGUUGGGUGUCCGGCUCCCAUAGCAAGCGGCGCUUGAAAGGAGAUUUGACACCAGACAUGAUCAGUCCACCAUUGGGGGACUUCCGCCAUACCAUGCAUGUGGGACGUGGCGGAGAUGCCUUUGGGGACACUUCCUUCCUCAGAAACCAUGGUGGUGAGGUAGCCAAACACAGUAACUUCUUUGCCCGGACACUGAGGCACGUGAGGAGGAGUCCAUUAAGGAACCGGGCAAGCAGAAGCAAAGAUGAGGCCUCACCAAUACCUCCUGCCAUCUCACCUAUAAUCAAGAAUGCUAUAUCACUACCACAACUCAAUGAGGGUAGCUAUGGGAAUGAUGGCCGUGGUGUAAACUUUGCCUUCAAGAGCACACCCAACAGCUUCUCUGAUUAUGGAUUAGAAUCUGGAUUCUGCACCAUUCCCCGUGUUCCUCGCUCAGAGAAGACCCAGGACAGCUCCCAUGCUAACGAAUCAGCUCUGACUCGUUCAGACUCCUUGCUGUCUUUCCGUCUGGAUCUUGGCCCCUCCCUCAUGAGUGAACUCCUCCAUGUCAUCAGCUUCUCUGGAGACCUCAGUGACAAAGACAGGAGAGAGGAAGACGGCAAGGAAGAGGAAAGCAAACCUCCAGUGGGCAGUGACUCUCCGCCUCACCUAAAGAACACCUGGGCAGAGGACUCUUUGCCCUGGAGAUCAGGGUCACUACAUAAUAAUUGCGAAGAAAGCAAAGUGUCAUCGGGCUUUUGGAGUCGCUCUGAAGCUAACUUGCCACUAGGACACUCUGUAUGUACCAAUGGAGAUUCUCAUUCCAUAGAGUUGUCCCAGGAAGGGUCACCCUGUUCUAGAGGAAAGAGCUCUGAGCCAGGAGCAGCAGCUAAUGAGGGAGUGUUGCCAAAAGAGAUCCAUUGGCAGGAGCACCAGAAUGACUGCAACAUGCAAGCAAUAGAAAUUGAUCGUGCCACCAGGGUUCUAGCUUGCCAUUAUGGCCCAGGAAGCACCUACCACAGUCUGCAGCAGCAGGAAGACUCAGGAAGGCAAGCCUCAUGGGCCAGCCCAGAUGCCAACAUAUGGCACUCAAAGGUGGGCUUGGCAGUGCAACAGCCACACAAGGCUGGAUGGCACCAAAGAACAGAAGAGGAGGAGGAAGAGGAAGAAGAAGAUUUUUCAGGAGACUGUGCAGCAUUUGCUAGAAAGGGACACAGUGAUUCCUUUGAAUAUGUCGAUGAGGAUGAGGAAGAUGAAGUUAAGGUCUGAGUAGCCAUAUGUGCUCUGUUGUGACUUUACACUGAGCUCCCAAGAGACAUAAAAGUUAAAAGAAACAAUGACAGCCGGCAGAUUAAGAAUGAACUCACAGGCUUACGUGUAUUUGGAGAUUUUCUCAUGGGGGGCUCACAGGUGAAGGAGGCAGCUUGCUUUUCUCUCCUGUUGCGCACUGCCUCAACUUGGGGAUUUUAAGAAAGGGUUGCGAGAAAAGCAGAAGUCAGGUCCUUGCUGCUGUUUUCCUGCAUCCUCCUCUCUGGCAUGCAGUCAUCAUUUAAAGACAGUAAUGAGUUCGCAUCCUCCUUCAUCCCCAUUGGCUGGCUGACUCUGCCACUGCAGCUUGUGCCAUGCCACCCCCCCCCCCCACACACACAUUGAUAGAAAGAUAUCAUUCUUGAUCAAAACAGCAGCCAACAGAACCCUCUGCAUCUGUGUUGCACAGUUAUAGGAAGGGAAGAAUUGGGGGUGGGGGGAGUAAAUCUGAAAUCUAGGAAGAUUAGGAAAAACCACAAGGAUGUGAGUAUAGCUACAUGUAACAUUACCUACACAGCUGCCUGGAGAUGCCCAUUGCCAGAGGAAAAGGAUCACCAAGGCUGUUUUUCCAGUCAGAUAGAUGGACAUCAGAGCAUUCGAGAAGUUCCCCCUCUUUUGCUUCUUGGGAACAUCGGAACUAGUUUGGACCUAAAAACAGCUCUUGGGUAUUCCAUUCAUUUCUCAAAAUCCAGGUUAGACUAGGACAAUUCAUUUUGCAUUCCAGUGAAGAAAUGUAAUUCAGGUCUUCUGCAAGUCAUAACACUCAUUCCAUUCCAGGGGAAGCCUAUCUAUGACAUUACAUUUAUUUCUGCUUCAAAGGGAAUGCAGGGGAAUUCAGUUCAGAAAUCCUCUCCGUCAGCUGGGAGAGGGUAUAGGAAUCCAGUUCACCAAACAGCAGGCACAGAAGGAGGUCUCAUUUAAACCGUACCCUGGAUCUCUUACAGUAGGAGUAGGUAACGUAAGGCCCAUGCAGCACAAUAUCUUAUUUACCCAUUUUGCCGCUAGCACAGCCACAGGCUGUUUGUUCUGUGGGGAAAUGAGGAAACAGUCUUUCUCAGGCACGGAUGGGUUAGAUUCAACCCCAAGUCAUAUAAUACUAAUAAUAACAUUCAAUUUAUAUACCGCCCUUCAGGACAACUUAACGCCCACUCAGAGCAGUUGACAACGUAUGCCAUUAUUAUCCUCACAACAAACACCCUGUGAGGUGGGUGGGGCUGAGAGAGCUCUGAGAGAGCUGUGACUGACCCAAGGUCACCCAGCUGGCUUCAAGUGGAGGAGUGGGGAAUCAAACCUGGUUCUCCCAUGCUGUUAACCACUACACCAAACUGGCUUUCUAUUGUGCUCAACUAUGUACAAUGAGUUACCCCACCCAAGGAAAUUAAAUUAGGCUGGGUACCAGGGUAAGGGGAGUUUAAAAAUGGAUUAAAAACAAUGUGAGUAUGGGUGCUGACUGGAAAAAUUGCCCAACUGGUGGUAACACGCAAUGCGUCAGUCCAGAAACAUACAUUUGCCUCCUCCUCAUUGCAGGUCUUGCUAAUAGUCCAGUUAUCCUUACUUGACCUUCAACCCUCCCCGGGAAGGUCACCUUCUCCCUCAAACACUCCUCCCAGGUCUUGUGUAGACACACCAUCUGUCUCACCAUAUGGAAAACAUAUCGUCUCUCACUUGAUAAAUGCCGCUGUGACCACCUCCCAGCUGGCUCGCACUCCGCAGACUCUCCCUCCAGCUGGUUCUAGUAGUGCUCCCACCACUACUUCCCCAUGCUGGAGGGCUAUCAGGAUUCCUGGGAGACAAUCUUCCAUGCUGUGCCCAGGAGCGUAAUUCAACUGGGAUCAGCUGUCCCUUCUAGUCCAGUCCAUCAUAAAGGGCUCCUUACCACAGCAUGAUACGUCAAUCCAUGAUGCCGUAGCAUCUACCAAGUCAGUUUGGGGAGUUCUCCAUGCCAAGCUCCAGCCAACCAGUUGCAACUGCCCUAGCAGGGUAAGCCCUAGGCUGCCACUUUGUACUAACACGUGCGUUUCUGGCAUCUUGUGGCAUUCAGCUUUGGGACAUAAUAAACUAUCUCACAGCUGCCCCAAAAUUGGGGAGUGCACCCAUUCACUAGGGCUUGGUAGCCCCAUAGCCUUUUAUGGUUAAUCACGUUGGGAGGGGCAGCCUGAGCACACUUGGCCACUUGCCAGCUCUCACCUGAACGAGCAUUGCCUGGCAGGGCCACAAGGAGGCAGUGAUCAAUGUAGUGGCUACCCCCAGUAACCAGAGCAUUAGCUAUUACGGAGUCAUAGUUACAUGCCUUAAUGUACCUACCCUAUGCUAAAUGAAAUUAAUGUGACCUCUAUGGAAAUUCAAAAAAUGCGCAAUGGGGUGAUACAGUCCUGAGUGGAAGUUUCAUGGAGACAAAACUUGUCUAGAAAUAGAUGUCUAGCGUAAGCCUUUUCCUCAGGGCAGUAAAUUAUUGAUGUGGCAAUUUCAACAUGGGGGUACUUUCAAAGGAUCACCUUGUGGCAGAGAUCAGUGAAAAUCAAGUUGUGUCCUUUUUUCCAGAUAUGCUCAGCCAGAAAUGGCUGAUUGUGUAUGUGGGUAUGUGCGAGAAAGAGAUGUUCCCCUAGCACAGCAACAAACUGAGAAGCAGACUCUGAGUCCAUAUCUCUCCCCCCACCCCCCACUGCAUAUUUUAGGAGAUACACACAGCUCUGCUUUUUUCAACACCCCACAGCCGUCUGCAUUUUUACAUGGUCAGAUCAUCAAAUUCUCAAGAAACUAUUCAGAUGAGAAACAAAAUGGAUGAAGUGGAUGCCAGAUAGCACACUGUUGGGGACAUCCCAACCGUGAGGAAAGAUUGUGCCACAGCAUUUAAUAUGGCUGCUAGUAGAAACCAGAAUGUAGCAGGGAAUGCAUUUGAUACAUACAAAUGGAUUUUUUUUAAAAAAAAGGAAUAUGAAUUUGUCCUGAUGCAGUUACUGAAAAAUGAUUCUAUAAAGGCUCUUCACUGCAGGCUGGUCUUGUUCAGGCACAAAGCACCCACAUGUUCAAAAUGUGUGUGGGGAGGUUUAGAAUCCUAAUAUCUGGGAAGGGGGACGGAGUCGAGGGGCAGUUUCUGUACCCCUCCAUGAGCUCUUUUCUCCGCUUCAGUCCAGCAAGAUGAAAUAGCUUGAACUGUUUCCUCUCAGCUGUGUUCAAGUAUGCACACUUUUUUCUAUAGGCUCAGGAAUCCUUGUCUGGUUUCCCGUCUCCUUAGUGGCAUCUCUUCUGACUCGGGGUUUUUUAGAUCACAGUGCUAUAUGUGUGUUGCCAGGUUGGAUGCCUUCGGGCAACAUGGUCUCUCUGGAAUGAGGCAGUUCUCCCAACACACACACACAGGGCUUUGUGGCAAGGCAGAAAUGGCUGGGAAGUGAGGUCACUCCACUGUCUAUCACAGCACUCUGAUUGUUCACAAACUGGCAGUGGCUGGAGGGCAGCCCAUUCCUGUGUUCACUGUGCCCAACGAGAUUGAUGAGGUGGGUGGUAGCAGGGGAGAGGAAAGCAGGAAGUAACACAAGGGAUAUAAUGAGCACUGUGGAGGAAGCCGUAGCUGACUGCAGUUCCCUGCUUCAUGGGGUCACAUGUUGACCUCAUCCCACUGCCUAGGCAACAUAAACUAUUGCAGGUGCCUUUAAAUAGUUUUUUUGGGGGGGGGGGGAUACACCACAUAGCUGGCUUCUAUGAUGUCUUUGGCUGGAUUUUGGAAGUGUGAUAAAAGGAUCACGGGGAAUUUCUGAACAAUGGUUGAGAUGGGGAGAGCAAGUCCAGAUCCUUCACAUUGUAGGGGAAAAGAGGUAGGGAGCUUUUCUGUAGCCCUCAUUUGCAAAUUCAGGAUUUGCAAAUCCAGCUCUUUCAGGAUUGUCAGAUAAGCUUCAAACCAAAGAUCCUGCCCUCCCCCCCACCUUUGUAUUCCUUGCACUUAUUACUGUUCUCAAUAUUACAAUUUUUUAUGUAAACAUAUAUGGAUUGAUGCUGUGAUGGUUCUUUUC